AUGCAAGCUUCACCAUUACAUCAUAAUUCAGCUUUUGAAAAAGUAUUUGAUGAAGAAUCAGACGAUUCAAGUUUAUCAAUGGACAAGCGCACAUUUAGUAAUAGUGACAUACCUGAUGGUUAUGUUGGUAUCAUGUUAGGUAAACGUGAAACAGAACGUGCAGCUCGACUUCCAAAUGAAGCUGUUCUUCUUGGUAAACGUCGAUUACCAUAUGAAGCUGUACUUUUAGGCAAACGUGAUUUACCUAACGAAGCUGUCCUUUUAGGAAAACGUCGAAUACCUCAUGAAGCUGUACUUUUAGGUAGACGUGAUUUACCAAAUGAAGCUGUACUUUUGGGAAAACGUGAUUUACCGAACGAAGGUAUUCUUCUUGGCAAAUAA